GACUCGGACUCGAUCGAUCAGUGUGCCGUGUGCAAGACCAGCCUGGAAGCUCCUCUGCCGAUCGAGCAAGGCCGCGCUGCACACGGUGCGGCGCAUGCAUGCAGCGGCCGGGCAUAGCAUAGUAGAUUUAGAUCCCGAAAUCCGCACUGCCAAAACUAACUGCGCCGCGCGCGCGCGGCAGCAGCAGCUUCUGUUACCAACGAACUCUCGCUAAACUCGUUCCCCUUUGUUCCCGCAACGAGGAGACUGCGUGCGCAUUUUACCACCGCCGCUACUGCCCGCUGGACUGCCAGUUCCGAUCGAGUCAAGAGGCCUUGUGCAGCAUGCGCGGGCGGUCGUUGGAGUAGCCGACUACGUACGCGCGAGCCAGCGAGGGAGAUCGUCGCGCGCAUCAGAGAAGCUCUCUGGACGGAGGACGGGAACACUUCCAUGGAGAACGGCCGCCGUGUCGCUGCGAUCGCCCUGCCUCUCAUCGCCUGCGCGCUCGUCGCCGCAGCCUUCGUUCUGCCGCCUCCCGCCUUCCUGGGCGGCGCCGCCGCCGAGUCGGCCAGCGUCGUCCGGGAGCACUUCCUGCGGCACGUUCCGCAUGAGCCCCAGAAGGCGCCGGCGAGCGCGCAACUCGCCGAGAAGGUGAGCGUCGGCCCGAUCGAGGAAUCCCUGGCCCGGUCUCGGGCGGCCAUCCGCCGCGCUGCUCGCGAGGCCGCCCCGGCGACGGCGACGGCGGCGGAGAGCGUUCGGCGGAGCUUCAAGGACGUCGGCGACGCCUUCGUGCCGCGAGGCGCCAUCUACCGAAACCCCAGAGCUUUCCACAGGAGCUACCUGGAGAUGGAGAGGAAGUUCAAGAUAUGGACGUACAAGGAAGGAGAGCCGCCGCUGACGCACCUGGGCCCGUCCGCCGACAUCUACUCCAUCGAGGGCCAGUUCUUGGAGGAGAUCGAAGACCCCCGGAACCCCUUCGCCGCCCGCCACCCCGGCGAGGCCCACGCCUUCCUGCUCCCCGUCAGCGUCUGCAACCUCGUGCAGUACAUCUACCCAUUCUACCGGCGCAACACCACGGCCUACAUGGCGCACAUGCGCCGCGCGCUCGCCGACUACGUCGACGUCGUCGCCGGCAGGUACCCCUACUGGAACAGGUCGCGCGGCGCCGACCACGUCAUGGUCUCGUGCCACGACUGGGCGCCUCUGGUCUCCGAAGCGAACGGGGAGCUCUACGCCAACGCGAUCCGGGUGCUGUGCAACGCCAACACCUCGGAGAGCUUCCGCCCGCGCAAGGACGCCACGCUGCCGGAGGUGAACCUCGGCGACGGCCUCCUCCGCCGCCCCACGUUCGGCAUGCCGCCGGAGAACCGCACGACGCUCGCCUUCUUCGCCGGCGGCAUGCACGGGCACAUCCGCAAGGCGCUGCUGGGGUACUGGCUCGGCAGGAAGGACCCGGACAUGGACAUCCACGAGUACCUCCCCAAGGGGCAGGACUACCACGCGCUCAUGGCCAGCGCCCGGUUCUGCCUCUGCCCCAGCGGAUUCGAGGUGGCCAGCCCCAGGGUGGUGGAGUCCGUGUUCAGCGGCUGCGUGCCCGUCAUCAUCUCCGAUGGGUACCCGCCGCCGUUCAGCGACGUGCUGGACUGGAGCAAGAUGUCGGUGACCGUGCCGCCGGCGAGGAUACCGGAGCUCAAGGACAUACUCAAGGGGGUGUCCGAGCGGAGGUACCGGGUGCUGCGCGCCAGGGUGCUGCAGGCGCAGCGGCACUUCGUGGUGCACCGGCCGUCGCAGCGGUUCGACAUGAUCCGCAUGGUGAUGCACUCCAUCUGGCUCAGAAGGCUCAACGUUAGGCUCCCGUACUGAUGCAGGUUUCGGUCAGGUUCAUUCAUUCAUGUGCUCGUGUUUUAUUGUACAUUAUGCUUGUGGACAUGUAUUGAUAGUAGUAGAUCUUUUUUUUUCCUUCAUGUUGCACUGUCAAAUGUGUUUAAUCUGAGUUGAAGAUUGCAUUGUAUACGGCAGUACGUACAAAAGCUACCUACUUUUAUAUAGGUAUAGUUUGAUAGUCAACCCUAAAACUGUUGCCGAAGUCUGGAUAUUCAAUCCUAAACUCUCAAACCGCGCAGGAGCUGCCCAUCGGUCUCAUGAACGCAGUUUUUUUUAAGCUUCAAGGGCACAUGCCUUUACAAGUAUGAACUACAAGAUUUGCAUUGAGACUCGGAGGAGUACUCCGAGCUUAUCCUCGAGAUGCUGCGUGGGUUCGUCCCCAUCCGCGGAUGCUUUGCCGCGUCGAUGGUGGCCUUGGUUUGGAGCCAUUCCUCGUCCGUGAUCCCGAGGGCCUUUAGCGACUCCUCGGAGGAGUCGGUUGCCGCGCACGGGGCGGUCAUGUUUUCCGGUGGAUGCUUUGCCGCCGAGGAGUUUUUGUGGAUGCUUUGCCAUCGAAGUCGUCGUCCCUUCCGGCAGAUGCUUUGCUAUCGAGGUUGCUUGGACGGAUGCUUUGCCGUCUGGAGGUUUAUCUUCUACAGCUACACAUCAUUGCUGGUGACCAACGUGUUGAGCUAUUUUGUGUUAGGUUCAGUUGCUUGGGGUUGUCUUGUGGAGGGUCCCCCCACCUCAUGUUUCUUGCUUCGUUUGUGUUAUGGACUUCGUUGGUAAUCCAUGGAUUACUUGCGAAUCUAUUAUAUCGGUUACUUUGCCGCUCCAUCGGCUCUCCUGCUUAAUGAAAAAUGCGUGAAGUCACGAUCUCGAAAAAAAAAAGAUUUGCAUUGAGAUUCGUGUCUAACAAAAAAAUUGUUUCUCUCCUACUAGGCGUAAAUCUCAGUACAAAUAUUGUGAUCCAUAUUAUGAGAGCAUAUGCCAUUAAAGACAAAAUUUACUUUACCUCGGUCUUAUUUAAAGGUCCUUUUACUUUAUAACGGGAUAGUUUGGAAGUCUUGCCAGAUCACCUAGCCUCGUCUCGCUAGACAAGGUUAGCCUUUCCAGUAGAGAUGGACCAAGUUGGCUCGCUUGCUCGAGCGAGACAAAGAGAGUGUUUGAUUCUAUAGGCCAUCGUCUGCCGACAAAACUUGUUGUAUUCUCGCCAUAGUUUGUAAUGUGAUUUUGUCUACCAUAGUUUAUAGUGUUGCCAAGCCAUAGUACUAUUUGGCUGAUAUCUAAACAGCCUCAAAACCUUAAGAAAAAGCAUGCAUGCUCAUCAUGACACCCAAACAGCUGAACCUAAAAAAACAUGCAUAGAAAAUCGUGCUCAUGAGCCGAACAGUUAAGACUUAAGAACCUUCGGUUUCUUGCUGAGCGAGGCAACCCGUUUCUUUUGUUUGGUGAUGUACAUUAUCAUUUUUAGUGCUUAUUAAAUGUUAGUCCCUUUUUUUUCUAAGGUCGUCUUAAAGGUUGAGCCUGCCUUCCGUUCUCUUUCAUAAUGCGAACAUGCAUGCAUAUGCAUAUCAGAAUUCAAAAUUUAAAAUUCUCUGAACAAUAAUUUAGCUAAUAUUUUCCAAAUAUUAUAAUAUAAACUUGUUAUUAUUGUUUUUGUAAUUAAAUGUAAUAUUCAAUUAUCAUAGGUUUAUAAGUAUGGGGAAUAUACUAUAAAAUAAAUAAAUAGUCAAAGUAUAAUUCAGAAGACAAUGUCAUGUCAAAUUAUGCCUUGUAAAAGAAAAUAGAGUGUAAGGUGGAUCCUAAACUUUUAAGACCCCUCUUUUUGCACGCUACAGAUGUGGUAAAGAGAAAUAUUGUGGCUCCCGGAGUAUUUUUGUUGAUAUUGUGGAGUAUGAGUACUAGAGCCUUUAUCUCUAAAUAAAUCAUUUUGUAGAGUUGCCUUAAAUCAAAACAUUUUAUGUUCAACCAAAUUUAUAGAACAAAGUAACAUUAUUUAUGAUACUAAAUAAACAUAUUGUGAAAAUAUUUUCAUGGUGAUAAUUUGAUGUCAUCAAUCUUGACGGUUUUCUACAAAUCUGAUUAAACUGAACUUGAGUUAAGAAAACCAUACACGAGGGAAGAGAGAAGUUGUUUUCUGUGCAACCAUAUAUACAUGAGGAAUCGGACGUCUCUUGCGAGUUAUGACUAGUAUGCUUUUCGGCCACAUUAUCUAUUCCAGUCUAGGAUGCUUCUCACAUGACCAAACAAAAAAUUUAUGGCGUUUUAAUAUAAAAGAUUAGGUUGAUCCAGCAAAUCUCCUAUCUGAUCUGCAUUUCUAAUAAUUCAUCCAUCCCAAAUUGUAAGUUAUUCUAAAAAUAUUGGAGAGUCAAAGUAUCUCAAUUUGACCAAAAUUAUAGAGAGAAUUAUGAAAAUUUAUAACAUUAAAUAGGUAUAUAUAAAAAUCUAAUUAAUGAACAAUGUAAUGAUACUAAGUUGAUAUCAUAAAUAUUAUUAUCUUACUAUAGAAAUUUAGUGGUGUUUUGACUCUCUAAUAUUCUUAGAAUGAUUUAUAAUUUGGGAUGAAGGUAAUAUUUUUUAAGGAUGUCUCAAAAUCCUGGUGAUUGCGCCCUCGUGGUCAGUGCAAAUCUCCUAUCCUGUCUAAUCCG